GUAUCGAUAAAACGUAUAAAAAUACUAAAAAUAAUUUAUGCUCUUUCUAAGAUUUAAAGCUUAACAAGAUGGCUUUAUAUAAACUAUUUGGAAACAAAAUUGAAAUUCAAUACAAAAGUUACUUGAUGUCUAAAGCCACGCUGUUUAUCAUUGUAACAAGUUUACUGAACAUCGUUCUUCCAUUUAUCAUUGCUUACAGAAGCAGAGGCUUUUGGUUGAAGUCGCAUUACUUCUACGAGCAACCAACCGUAAGAGCGACUUAUGAAUAUUUACUGAUAGCAGAGACUGAUGAUCCCAGCGUGACUGUAGUGUGCGGGGAUCAUAAAGACUUACCACAAGACAAGGAGGCCGAAGAAAACUGCUCGGAAGUACAAAUACAAGAAUGGGAUGCUAAUGAUGAUGGCAAAAAUGACAAAAUUGAAUUUAAAUUUAAAUUAAACCUGAUGCCCGAAAGAUAUGUUGUCUCCUUGAAUUUGUUUAUUGGCCUUGAUUUCCAGAUAAUGUCAACAUGCUCUCUUCAAAUGCAUUCUUUAGGUAUAGUCAGUAAGGAGUUUGCAGUGCCCGCAAAUGAAGUCAAUAUGUACGGGGAUCUUCAGUUUUAUCAAUCCACACAUUUAUCGUGCUUGCAUAAUGUUAUCGACGCUAAAUACAACGUGUCACUGUUUGAGCAUCAAAGUCCUGCGAAUAAUCAGAAUAUAAUACGCAAUAUUUACGAAGAUUAUGUACGCAGAGAAGCUAGCACAAAAAUAAGUAACAUUUUCAUAAAGACUGAAAAUGGUCAUACUGGUAGCCUAAACAUUGAUGUAAGGCUAAGAAUAGCAGAGAUGAAGUUCAGAUACCAGCCGAGCAUACUGCAGGAGCUGAAGUGGGCCUGGCCGCAGUAUCUCUCAAUAGCGGUAAUAUUCUACUGGAUACUGAAUAGAAUCAAAGUUUUUGUUUUUAAGAACCGAUUGUUGAUGGCAUGGGAGAUUGUACCAUAUUCUAAGAAAUUGUAA